CGGCAAACCCUCACCUUAGCCACGGGCUCACAUCCCUCCGCUUGAAUUUCGCUUGUUCCUCUGCCCUUCCCAGGCCCACCGAAUCUCCUCAUGAACGUGUCGCGGCGUCAGAAGCAGCGCAAGGUGCUGCUCAUGGGCAAGAGCGGUGCCGGGAAGUCGUCGAUGCGAGCCGUGGUCUUCAGCAAUUACGUCGCCAAAGAUGUUCGCCGUCUGGGUGCCACGAUCGACGUCGAGCACAGCAACAUCAAGUUCAUGGGAAAUCUCAUGUUGAACCUCUGGGACUGUGGUGGACAGGAUGGCUUUGUCGAAAACUACCUCAACAGCCAACGUUCGCAUGUCUUUGGCUCCGUCGCCGUUCUUAUAUUCGUAUUCGACAUCGAAUCUCGUGAGUUUAUGGCGGAUGUUGCCUCGUACCAGAACAUCAUCAUGGCUCUCGAGGAAUUCUCACCCCAAGCCAAGGUAUUUUGUCUCAUUCACAAGAUGGAUCUGGUCCAGAACCGUAUGCGUGCCGAGCUGUUUGAGCAACGGUGCAGUGUCGUGCGAGAAUCUUCACGCCGCUUCGCGGACGGGAUCGAGUUCUAUGCAACGAGCAUCUGGGAUCAAAGCUUGUACAAGGCUUGGACGCAGAUCAUCUAUUAUCUUGUUCCCAACGCGAACCAAAUUGAAAUGAUGCUCCAGCGGCUUGCAGAGCUGAUCGAUGCGAAAGAGAUGAUCCUGUAUGAACGUGUCACAUGUCUUAUGGUAACGAGGGUCACGCGCAGCGAGACUGAGAAUCCGUACACAGACCGUUUCGAGCGCAUCAGCUCCAUCCUGAAGACACACAAGCAAUCCAUGGCAAAACACACUGGUAUUCCUGCUGGCAGUGCCAACUUUGCUGAGCUGCAGAUCAAAGCAUCUGGCUUCAUGUUCUUUAUCACAAGGCUGACGGAGAACACGAAUCUCGCCGGUGUACUCCCGCCGCACGAAGGUCUCUUCAACACCGCGCGCUUGAACAUCACGCUCGCUCGGCCGAAAUUUGCGGAGCUGGAUGUAGGUGUGACAAAAAGAUCGACUGCACAAGCUGUUACCGCGCCACCACCGGAGCCGUCGAGGCAUGCGUCGGAAGAGCACAUGGCGCGAUAGUCAUAGUAUCACACAGCUUUGUAAGUGCAAGGCAGGACGAUUAAUGACGACACGCGGAUACCACUGUACUACUACUACUUUUUUUUUCUAACGAGGAAAGAAUACGAAAUUGAAGUAGACACGGACGUUUGAGAACCCUUAAGCUGCCGACGAGGACGCUUCAGCUUUGCUGCAGUCUUUACACCAUUUCCAAUAGAAACGUAAGGUGCAUUAUGUGACCUAGAAGCUCAGGGGUCGUGCGAGACGAGCAAGCUGUUAUGUGUACCGCCGUUCAUGGGUCAUGGCUCAGCGGAGUUGACCAUCUCACCCAUUGAGUUGCGGCAUGAUCGAUGUGCAAUACUAGAGCUUUGCUUCAGCCUAGCUACAUGUAUAUAUAUACUUACACACACAUAUAUAUAUACAUGAAGCGAAGCCCGGCGACUUGUCACUUUGUGAGGGGACGUUCGUUGAUUAAAUGCAUAAGCCUCACUGCAUCCGU